AUGUUCGGUGCGGGCGACGAAGACGACGCCGACUUCCUCUCGCCUAGCGGCGGUGCCAGAUUGGCCUCUCUUUUUGGACGGGAUCAGGCGGCUGCUGACCAUGGGAAUGAAUUCUUCCAGUACACAGCCCCAAAGCAGCCUAAGAAAGGCCAGGGAGCAGCAGCAGCAGGAAAUCAGGCAGCACCAAAAACAGCACCCACCUCAACGGGCACUUCCACAGUAUUGGUUGCAACAGCAGUCCAUGCGUAUAGAUACACAAACGGUCAAUAUGUAAAGCAGGGCAAAUUUGGUGCUGCAGUCCUGGGAAAUCACACAGCCAGAGAGUAUAGGAUUCUUCUUUAUAUCAGUCAACAACAGCCAGUUACUGUUGCCAAGAUUCAUCUGAGCUUUGAACUAAUGGUUCGGCCCAAUAACUAUAGCACCUUUUAUGAUGACCAGAGACAAAACUGGUCCAUCAUGUUUGAGUCGGAAAAGGCUGCUGUAGAGUUUAAUAAACAGGUGUGCAUUGCCAAGUGCAACAGCACCCCUUCCUUGGAUGCAGUGCUGUCACAGGACCUCAUUGUAACAGAGGGCCCUGCGGUGGAAGUUGGAGAUUCUUUGGAAGUGGCCUAUACCAGCUGGCUCUUUCAGAAUCAUGCUCUGGGCCAGGUUUUUGAUUCUACUGCUAACAAAGAUAAGCUGCUUCGCCUGAGAUUAGGAUCAGGGAAGGUCAUCAAGGGCUGGGAGGAUGGAAUGCUGGGCAUGAAAAAAGGAGGAAAGCGGUUGCUUAUUAUCCCUCCAACCUGUGCUGUUGGCUCUGAAGGAGUAAUAGGAUGGACUCAGUCAACGGAUUCAAUCCUGGUAUUUGAGGUGGAGAUUAGGCGGGUGAAGUUUGCCAGAGAUUCUGGCUCUGACGGACACAGUGUUAGUUCCCGGGAUUCUGCUGGCCCUUCUCCCAUACCUGGUGCUGACAGCCUGCCUGCUGAUCCUGUUGUGUCACCACCCACAUCGGUGCCUUUCAAGUCAGGGGAGCCGGCUCUUCGUAUCAAAUCUAAUUCCCUCAGUGAACAGCUUACAGUCAAUACAAAUCCUGAUACAGUCAAGGCCAAGUUGAUAUCUCGGAUGGCUAAAAUGGGCCAGCCCAUGCUGCCCAUCUUUCCACCACAGCUGGAUUCCAAUGAUUCAGAAGUUGAAGAAGUCAGUGCUCUGCGAGGAGCUGGGCAGCCCAUGCCGACUCCAUCCAUUCAGCCCUCUCUUCAGCCUGCCCCGCCAGUGCUACCACAGGUUACCACACACGCACCUCCGCCAUCUGUUUCUGGACUCCAAGCCCCCUCUGCUGCCUUAAUGCAAGUUGCAUCUCUCGAUUCCCACUCUUCAGCGGUAUCUGGAAAUUCCCAGUCCUUUCAGCCCUAUGCAGGUGUGCCAGCCUAUGUUUAUCCCCAGGCAUCAACUGUCACCUCCCAGCUGCAGACCGUUCGGCCCUUGUACCCAGCACCGCUCUCUCAGUCUCCCCAUUUUCAAGGAUCUGGUGACAUGGCUUCAUUUCUCAUGACUGAAGCCCGACAGCAUAACACUGAAAUUCGGAUGGCAGUUAGCAAAGUGGCUGAUAAAGUGGAUCACCUCAUGACCAAGGUUGAAGAGUUACAGAAGCAUAGUGCUGGCAAUCCUUUGCUCAUUCCUAGCAUGUCAGUUACAAUGGAAACAAAAAUGAUCAUGAGCAACAUCCAGCGAAUUAUUCAGGAAAAUGAAAGAUUGAAGCAAGAGAUCCUUGAAAAGAGCAGUCGGAUAGAAGAACAGAAUGACAAGAUUAGUGAACUAAUUGAACGAAAUCAGAGGUAUGUUGAGCAGAAUAACCUGAUGAUGGAGAAGAGGAACAACUCACUUCAAUCAGCCACAGAAAACACACAGGCAAGAGUAUUGCAUGCUGAACAAGAGAAGGCCAAGGUGACGGAAGAGUUAGCAGCAGCCACUGCACAGGUCUCCCACCUGCAGCUGAAAAUGACUGCUCACCAAAAGAAAGAAACCGAGCUGCAAAUGCAGCUGACCGAAAGCCUGAAGGAGACAGACCUCUUCAGGGGCCAGCUCACCAAACUGCAGGCCGAGCUCUCAGAGCUCCAAGAAUCCUCUGAGCAAGCACAGUCCCGAUUCAAAAGUGAAAAGCAAAGCCGGAAGCAACUGGAACUCAAGGUGACAGCGCUGGAGGAAGAGCUGGCUGACCUUCGAGCUGAGAAGGAGUCUCUGGAAAAGAACCUCUCAGAAAGGAAAAAGAAGUCAGCUCAAGAGCGCUGCCAGGCUGAGGAGGAGAUGGAUGAAAUUCGCAAGUCAUACCAAGAGGAGUUGGACAAACUUCGACAGCUCUUGAAAAAGACUCGUGUGUCCACAGAUCAAGCAGCUUCAGAGCAGCUGUCUCUAGUACAGGCUGAGCUGCAGACCCAGUGGGAAGCCAAAUGUGAACACCUCUUGGCCUCCGCCAAGGAUGAACACCUGCAGCAAUAUCAGGAGGUGUGUGCACAGAGGGAUGCCAGCCAGCAGAAGCUGCUCCAGCUGCAGGAAAAGUGCUUAGCCCUCCAGGCCCAAGUCACAACCCUGACGGAGCAAAAUGAACAGCACAUCAAGGAAAUGGAGAAAAAUAAGUCCCAGAUGUCUGGGGUUGAAGGUGCUACUGACUCAUCAGAGAAGGUCAAGAAGAUCAUGAACCAGGUAUUCCAGUCCCUGCGGGGAGAGUUUGAGCUGGAAGAAUCGUACGAUGGCAGGACCAUCCUGGGGACCAUCAUGAAUACCAUCAAGAUGGUGACUCUUCAGCUGUUAAACCAACACGAGCCAGAGACGGGAGAGAGCAGCAAUGAAGAUGAGGAAGAAGAACAACAACAACCUCGGAGCCUUUCCCAGGAGCAGUCGGUCUCAGCCAGUUCUGAGCCAUCUCAAGCACCCCUGAGUAGGGAGAGGCAGGAGUCCCCAGUGGUGCAGACGGAGCAGGUAGUCAAGGAAGCUGACCCACUGCCUCCUCAGGCCCUCCCCACCCCCCAGGAGGAUGCACAGAGAAGGCAAGGGAAGUCCACAGAAGCAGAGGUGCUCACAGAGAUACAAGAUGAUUCACUCCCACCUGAACUGGCUUACAUCCCCCCUCUAAGAUCUCUGGAGCCCCCAACUUCAAUUCCCCCUGAGCCUCCGGGUCCUGUAACUGUGGACUCUGAGUGUCAGGAGACGCUUGCUGCCAGCCCAUUGGAAAAUGCCUGUGUUGGGGAGCAAGAAAUCCCCACAAGACUGUCCCUGACUCUAGACCCUAAGGGGGACCCACUGUCCUUGGAGCCUGAAAGUCCAGGAGGAGAGCCUCAGCCUCCAGAGUUCAAGAAAGAGGAAGAUGCCAUUAGUUCUGCUGGUCCCUCCCAGGAGCUGUCAAGCACAGAAGCAGGCUCUGUAGCUGCAGGGGCAGCGCUUGGACCCAAACACUCUUCUCAGCAUUCCAGUCUCUCCGGGGAUGAAGAGGAUGAACUAUUUAAAGGGGCAACUCUGAAAGUUCCAAAGUCCAAAGCACAGUCUGAAGAGGAGGAUGAAGAUGAGGUGAGCAUGAAGGGACGCCCGCCCCCAACACCCCUUUUUGGAGAUGAUGAUGAUGACGAUGACAUUGACUGGCUGGGAUGA